CACACAUAUAGGAAUAGUGAACUACUACUUUGUAGCAAAAUAUUUUUUUUGUAUAAUAUGUAGAUGUACAUAUUUUUGAAAAUAUCAAACAUAAAAGGACACCGACAAUAAGGAUUUAAAAACAAUUUCUUGUUAAUAGUUCCCUCAAUUGACUGGUCCUUUAAUGAAUACCUGGAUCCAUUUGUUCAUUUUUGGAAGCUAGCAAUGGCUAAUGAAAACACUUUUCGAAAAAAUAGUUCCCAAAAUUCUGAGGAAGAAGAUGCUGUACAGUUAUUUGCAAAGCAAAUGUUACAAAGUCGUUUUUUUAUCGGCAGCUUUCAGGAAAAACGAUACGUAGCUAAUGUUGAAUCGUAUCGGGAUGUUAUUUUAGUUUCUAACGAAGAAGCUGAUCUAAUUCGUGAUUUGGAAGCUGUUAAGAAACGUGUGUGCGGUUUCUAUACGGAUCACUGGAUUGGAAUUAGCGAUCCUAGCAUAAUAGGGACACCAUCCGGGUAUGCCAUAUGGACUGAAGCGCCCGCUGAAAUUUUUGGGAAGUACUGGUAUAAAAUACGCAAAGUACAAUUUAGGCAUAAAGAGGUUUUACUAAAAUUAAAGAUUAUUAGACCAGUAGGUGUGGGUGAUUCAUUUUCUAAAACAUUUUUAUCUUCAGAAAAAACUGAGUUCAGUAAAAAGGAUACUACUUCAAGUUGUUUUGCAUCAGCAAAUGAAAAUCUUUCUUGGUUUUUUAAAACAAUUGUUACUUUAAACAAUGCAGUAGAAUCUAUUAGGUUUCUAUCGGUCUUGUUUGUUGCAAUGUUAACUGGAUUGGUAAAAUUUCUUGAAUAUUUCGGCGAUUUUACAUUGAAACUAUUAAGGGAAACCUCACAUCUUGUUACAGCUUUGACACCCACUCUAAUUGCCUGUAUAAAUUUAAUUGCAAAGAUUAUUGGUGGUUUUUACUUAUUGAUAUUAAGUAUGUGGAAGACAAGGACACCAGCUACAGUUUAUCAAUCGCCCUAUGUUACACAAACAAAACCAAUGUUAAUGGGUGGUCCUAAUUAUAACACAGUUUAUUAUAAACGUGCUUUAGAUGCUCCAAAUUAUAGAAGGCAGACUAGUGGCGGAGUUAUAAUUACGCCUUUAGACUAAGUAAUUUGUCAAUAAUUUGUUCUUGAUAUUUUUGCUUAUUGAUAACGUUAUUUGUAUCUUUUCUUAUUCCAUCUUUAACAAUAAAUAUAUUUACAAUUUUUGUUUAUGCCCCAAGCAA